GCUCUUUGUCAGAAAUCCGUGGUACAGAAGCAAAAAAGAAAAUUGAAAAAAAAAAACAAAAGGGAAAAGAAAGAACAAAGGAGGAGGAGAAAGAAAAGGAGGAGACACGAACACUACGGAAACCAAAAGUAAAAGAAAAAAAGGGGGUAAAGAUUCGUUCUAUCAUCUUCUCAUAUCCCAAUUCCUAUGAUAUUUGGGUUUUGUGUCUCCUCGAAUUUGAAGAGAAAUGACAAUGGAAUAUGAGACUAACAAUUGGAUUUGGGAUUGGUUGUAUAGCUCUACGCAUCUGUUUGGCGGUUUAAUGGUAACAGCUGCCUUGCUUGGGUUUUCCACUUCUUAUUUUGGUGGGAUUGGAGUUUUUCCUUCUUACGGUUUGUCGAAUUUUGGGAUCUUUCUCAAGAAGAAACGUGAGAGGAAGCGCAUACGGGUUUACAUGGAUGGAUGCUUUGAUCUCAUGCAUUAUGGACAUGCUAAUGCUUUGAGGCAAGCUAAAGCUUUAGGGGAUGAAUUAGUUGUGGGUAUUGUGAGUGACGAGGAGAUUGUUACAAAUAAAGGCCCUCCUGUUCUAUCCAUGGAAGAGAGGCUGGCACUUGUCAGUGGAUUGAAGUGGGUGGAUCAAGUAAUAGCAAAUGCCCCCUAUGCAAUUACUGAGAAGUUCAUGAACACUCUGUUCAAUGAGCAUAAGAUUGACUACAUAAUACAUGGUGAUGAUCCUUGCCUUCUCCCAGACGGAACUGAUGCUUAUGCCUUAGCAAAGAAAGCUGGCCACUACAAGCAGAUUAAGCGCACUGAAGGUGUCUCCAGCACGGAUAUUGUAGGAAGAAUACUUUCUUCUAUGAAGGAUAAUAAAAGCUCUGAGGGAGAUUCAGGCAAAAGACAACAAUCACAGAGGAGUCAGCUUUCUCAAUUUCUACCAACAUCCCGGCGGAUUGUGCAAUUCUCAAAUGGAAAGGGUCCUGGACCAAAUGCUCGUAUUGUCUACAUUGAUGGGGCAUUCGAUCUCUUUCAUGCAGGGCAUGUGGAGAUCCUCAAGAAGGCAAGGCAGCUUGGAGACUUUUUGCUAGUUGGUAUCCAUGCUGACCAUAUUGUGAGUGAGCAAAGGGGAAUACCCUAUCCGAUUAUGCAUUUACUUGAGCGCACUCUUAGUGUAAUAGCUUGUCGUUAUGUCGAUGAAGUAAUCAUUGGUGCACCGUGGGGAGUUACAAAGGACAUGAUUACAACAUUCAACAUUUCAUUGGUAGUGCACGGGACAAUUUCAGAGAGUAACACUUUGUUGCCUGGUGAAACCGAUCCAUAUGCAGUUCCCAAAGGCACGGGAAUUUUUCGGAUACUUGAAAGCCCUAAAAGUAUAACCACAAGUUCGGUAGCCCAAAGGAUAGUUGCCAAUCACGAGGCUUACUUGAAACGCAACGCGAAGAAGACGCAGAGUGAAAAAAAAUACUACGAAGAGAAAGCUUAUGUUGUGGGAGACUAGGAUAUGGAGUACUAUUGUUAGGUGGUAGCAAAUUUGAUUCAGCUCUUCAUGCAGCCUUGACCAUGUCGAAUAUGAUGAUAAGAAGACCCGACAUUGGAAGACAUCGUUACCAGAAACUUCCAAACAAAGUUUUUUUGAUCUUUUAUUAUUUAUUAUUACCAUCAUCAUUAUUAAUUUUGCAUCUUUUUUU